ACACACAGACACACACUCGCCAAAAGAAGAAGAAAAAAGAGAAGAAGAAGGAUAUCGCGAGUACUGGAGUUUUGGUGGGAGUUUGUGGAAGAUGGCGCCUGUUGUGACAGGGAAGUUCGGGGAGCGCCCUCAGCCACAGCGCCUAACAAGAGAAGCAAUGAGGAAUUACCUGAAGGAGCGAGGCGACCAAACUGUCAUGAUCCUGCACGCCAAAGUUGCACAGAAAUCCUACGGCAAUGAGAAAAGGUUCUUCUGCCCUCCCCCCUGCGUGUACCUGAUGGGCAGCGGCUGGAAGAAAAAGAAGGAGCAGAUGGAGAGAGACGGCUGCUCCGAGCAGGAGUCGCAGCCCUGUGCCUUCAUCGGCAUCGGCAACAGCGACCAGGAAAUGCAACAGCUCAACCUAGAGGGAAAGAAUUAUUGCACAGCUAAAACCUUGUACAUAUCCGACUCCGACAAGAGAAAGCACUUCAUGUUGUCUGUCAAGAUGUUCUACGGCAACAGCGCUGACAUUGGUGUCUUCCUCAGCAAGAGGAUCAAAGUCAUCUCCAAGCCCUCCAAAAAGAAGCAGUCCCUCAAAAACGCUGACUUGUGUAUCGCAUCAGGGACCAAGGUGGCGCUGUUCAACCGGCUGCGGUCCCAAACGGUCAGCACGCGCUAUCUACACGUGGAGGGGGGCAACUUUCACGCCAGCUCCCAGCAGUGGGGCGCCUUCUACAUCCACCUGUUGGAUGACGAGGAGUCAGAAGGAGAAGAGUUCACUGUGAGAGACGGUUACAUCCACUACGGCCAGACGGUCAAGCUGGUCUGCUCGGUCACCGGCAUGGCGCUGCCCAGACUGAUCAUCCGGAAGGUGGACAAGCAGACGGCGUUGCUGGACGCUGACGACCCCGUCUCUCAGCUCCACAAGUGUGCCUUCUACCUGAAGGACACCGAGCGCAUGUACCUGUGCCUUUCCCAAGAAAGGAUCAUCCAGUUUCAAGCCACUCCAUGCCCAAAGGAACCAAACAAGGAGAUGAUCAAUGAUGGCGCCUCCUGGACAAUCAUCAGCACAGACAAGGCCGAAUACACUUUCUACGAGGGCAUGGGCCCCGUCCACUCGACUGUCACCCCCGUGCCUGUGGUCGAGAGCUUACAGCUAAACGGUGGAGGGGACGUCGCCAUGUUGGAGCUGACGGGACAGAACUUCACUCCGAAUCUUCGGGUGUGGUUCGGCGACGUGGAGGCUGAGACCAUGUACAGGUGUGCGGAGAGCAUGCUGUGCGUGGUGCCCGACAUCUCUGCCUUCCGAGAGGGCUGGCGCUGGGUGCGACAGCCGGUCCAGGUGCCCGUCACGCUGGUGAGGAACGACGGCAUCAUCUACUCCACCACACUGACCUUCACCUAUACGCCAGAGCCCGGGCCGCGGCCACACUGCAGCGCCGCCGGGGCCAUCCUGCGGACCGGGAACUCCAGCCUGCUGAGCAGCGGCGGCCAAGAGGCCGGCUCCGGCGUCUACGGCCCCAACAGCACCUCCAACGCAGGAGUCACAUCCUCAUCCUCCACCGCCGCGGCUGUGGUCUCCUAACGCACACAGGGGGCCGCUGAAUACAAUAUGCCUUGAGAGCAAAUAUACCAGAGGGUAUAUACAGACUAUGGGAAAUAAUAAAAACUGACUCACUCUUAAGUGCUGUGUAUUAAUUUUGGGAUACAAAGAAGCUGAAAUGGAAAACGUUGGUGGGACAAAAGGAGCGAACACAGGGGGAAUCUGAAGAAGGAGGAACAUCCCAACGUUGUCAGCCAAUGGAAAUGAGCGAACAUGCUUCUUGACACGCCUCCUCUCCUGUGGUUCCUUUAAGGACCUGCCUGUUCCGUUCUGGCGUUUGGAACCAGUGAAGUUCCUGCCGGCUCAGAGCACCAGCACCUUUCUACGGCUGUGAGAAAUGGAAACCACAACAACAAUACAUCCACCGUGUACAAAAAAAAAAACAAGUUGUGUUGAAAGGAAAGUUAUAUUUUUGCGCUGCCUUGCUCCCCCUCCUCCUCCCUCGUCCCCUCAUCUCCUCCCACCACUUGUUUUUUAUAAUUAUUCCUUUUUUGUUUUUACUCUGCGUUCAUUUGUGGUUUCCUAGCGGGGGGGCUGGAUGUAUUGUUGUUGGAGCGAGUGCGAGGAUGCAGAGGGACACACAUGACUCGUGACAAUAACAUAGUUUUUAUGGACCAAGGAUCUUGUAUAAGCUUUAGUAAAGGUACAUUUUUCUCCAUACCUUUUUUGUAUUAAACAUAUAGUACACUUUUGUUACCAAAUAGUUUCUAUUCUUCCCCCGAGCUUGGGCUUUGUUUUCCCCCUUUGAGGUCCAAACCCCCCCCCCCCCCCCCCAACCUGUAUGUUAUUGCAACCUUAACUUUGAAACGCCUGCUUGUCCGCUCUCUGGAUCGAACUCUUGUUUUUGAUACUCUCACUUCUUCUGUUGGGGAAAAAAAAGAAACCUGAAGUCUUGGUUGUUUAUUUACAUAAGCGAAGGUUGUUGUUUUUGUUUGUUUGUUUGUUUGUUUUUUAAAAAAUUUUGGGGAAUAACCUCAGAGGGCCUAUUUUUUAUCAUUGGUUUUUAUGAAGUCUUUAAAAAGAAAAGCUUUAAGCAACGCCUCUGCCUUGCCUGCAAUACUCUAUGUGCGCUAUGUCUCCUUUUUCGGAAAAUAUACUCAUCAGUACAUCUCACGUGGAGCCAUAGGUUUUGCAGAAUACGUCAAAAAAUAAGAAAAAGAAAACUAGACUUCCACAGUUACUGGGAAUCAAGUCUGUUUGUCAUUUACAAACUAAUGUAAUAAGCGUAGUCACUGACUUCAAAGGAUAGCCUUAGUACUGUAUAUUCUUACUGUGCACACAGUCAAACCAGUCACAUAUCUAAUAUCCUGUACCUGUUGCUCUGUCUCUGUGAACGUAUCGGGAAAAAAAAAUGUCGUGAAAACUUUGUCUCUGAAAACUGCUCCGAGCGAGGUGCGUUCCUGUGUGAGCUGUCGUUCCGGUGGCGUUUAACUCCAGUGUUUUGUUUUCUUCUCUUUCUCUUCUUUCAAGAAAAAAAAACAGACACUUUUCAAUUCGAUGUGGCCUUACUGAUAACUUAAAAAAAACCUAAACACUUCACCUGUUUCUUAUCUGCUGUUUACUCACCUUGAAAGAACCCGUGCAUAGCACAAAACAAGCUCAUGCCCGGCCUCUUACUGCUGGAGCCCCCGACGCUCCAGAGCCACAUGUUGUCGUGCAAAGCAAAGCAGCCUUCUGAAGGAUCUCUCAGCCUUCACGUCUCUUUUUGUGUGUUUUUUUUUUCUUUUCUUUUGUGGUGAACAAGUACAAUAAUCCUGUUUUUUUUUUUUAUUCUCCUGCGGUGCCCGGCACCUUCUCACUUUUUGGUACAAUGUCUCACAAAGAGCGCUGUAAAGCUCCUUCCUUCCAGCCUUCCCCCCUUUUUUGAAAAAGAAAUCUCCUGUGGUUUAUUCUCGUCUCGCAGAAACAAGCGCACGUGCGUGAUGAACCCACUGUCCGAGUAGUUGCACUCAUCUCGUGUUCAUGGUGACCGCGUAAAGGCCUUCUAAAUGUGUGUUAUUGAAGAUGUGCAUUUCCAAACAGAACAGCAAUAUUGUACAGGUCAUUUCAUCAUGUUUGUCCGCCUGAGCACUAACUUCACCAGCCAGCAAAUAUAUGUGUGUGUCUGAAUGUGUGAGUGUGUGUGUGAGUGAGUGAGUGAUUGUCACAUGUAAGUCGCUGUAAUGGAAUAUUGAGUCAGACUCGCUCCAUUUCAAAACUGCUCUCCAAAAAAAAGAAAAAGAACCAAACUUGAGAUUCACGACUUUCUCUGUCUUCCACCUGAAUCCAAAUGUCUGGUGAUUGUGGAUUAUUAAACAUUCGAAGGCAAUACUUGUGCUCUUUUAGUUUUUACAGUACGACUGUACACACUUCCUGGGAAAAAACAACAAAAGAACAACGAUACUGUAACUUGAAUGUCUGCUCAAUGAAGUAUUUCCGAAUUUUUACUUACGAAACAAAACCUUGAAAUAGGAACAAAAAAGGAUUUUUCUUGUAACCCCCCCUUUCAAUGUAAAGAAAAAGAACAAUUAAGUUAUGCCCCAGUUUCACCACCCCUGUCCACCUGUCCGUCAUUAAUGUUAAAUAUUUUAUAUUGUAAAAUUGAUAUUUUUUAAAUUAUUGGUACAAAGUCUCCCUUUGUCUUAUGUCAAAAAGAAGAAAAAAAGAAAAGUGCAUUAUUGCCCAUGCUGCCUAGGUUGGCCUGGGAGAGUAUUUUGUUUUAUUUUGUUGGAAAUGUGGAGGAGUUGGUGCUGCAGCGUUAGUGUAGCAUCGAACCGACAACCCCGAACCCUUUACUCUGCAGGAUGGAGGUCCACGAAAUCUCAACUGUAGAUUUUUUUAAACUCAAGUGUUUUUUCUACUAGCUCUAAAAUUCAUAUUAUUUUUAAACAUAGCCUCUGUGUUAGCGUCACACACACAACGCCCCACCCACCUCGAUGCUUGGACAUUUUGGGGUUUUUGUUUACACCUCUUUUAGGCCGAUCUUCCCCUCCACCCUGCAGCUCCUCUUCAUCGCCUCACGCGAGUCUGAACAGAGCAGCAUUGUCACAUUUCAAGCUAACGAAGUGGGUGAUGCAUGCUAUUUUAUUUUUUUUGUUUAGUUUUGAAAAUGUGUCGCCUUGACAAUCCGAGCUGGUUUACAAAUUUCUCUUUUUUUUCCCUCUUAAAACAUCCGGAAAGUUUUUAAGAGAUUUGGGAGGAUACUGAAUAACUUGAUGAAUUCCCCCCCACCCCACCCCCCCUUCCUUAGCUCAUGACGGGGACGAGCUGAGGGGUCAAACAGAUGUUACAUGCCUUCUUGAACGACCCAACGACAAAGCUUUCAGAUAGAGAGGGGACACAACCAUCUCAUUAGCAUUUAUAAAUGCUUUGUUUUGUUUUACAAAAUAUUACCCAACCGGUUUCUUUCUGUCUGUGUGUGAAUGGUCAUAAUGGUUUUACUCUUCCAAAAGCAGCUGUUCUUGUUUUUUUUGUUUUUGUUUUUUUAUAAUGAGCUCUGAACAAUGUAUGUAUCCUCUAAUAUGCCAAAUGUCUUUUUAUAAUGUAGUUUCCAUGCACUGCUAAACGAAACAGGGCAGAGUGAGAGGCAGCUUUAAACAAACUUUCAAAAGAAAAAAAAAAAAGGAGUGUGGAGCCCUUCUCUGUCGCACUCAGCCUUACUUCUCCUUCAGACUUCUGGGCUGUUUGCACUACAGAGCGCUAACCUUGUCUUUUUCUCUCACACAUUUCAUCCUCACUCUUUCAUCGCUCAUGUUUGUGUUUGUACAUUUGGAGUUUUCUCAUUUCCCCCCACCCCACCCUUCUUUAUUUGUCAUCAUGCAGCCUGUCGUGCUUAGCUUUGCUACAGUCGGAUCACUUUUUUUUUUUUCUGUUGUCAUUUCCCCUCUUCUUCAUCUUCUUCUUCUCUUCCUCUUCCUCCAUGUCCUUCCACUAUCUUUCACUCUCACUGUAUCUGUGUAUUAUUCUAGUAACUGGUAAGCAGAGGUGUCAUUGUGGUAGUGUACUCAGUGCUCAAAGGGUUGCUGAUGGUAGAAACCUGUGCCGUUUGUAACAUUUUUAGCAAUAACGUCAAAACAGGGGGACGGUUUUUUGAUAACAUGCGUUUAGUUUGUUUUGUUUUUGUACAUAUUGCAGCUCCAGAUCAUGCUCAAAUCUGUAAUGUCAUUAAAAGAACAGAAGAAAAAAAAACGUGAAAAAAAAACAAAACUUGCAAUAUUGGCAUAAAAAUGAGAAAUAAAACAAGUGAUACAAAAAUCA